ACUUUAAAAGGGAAUCUUCUCCUGGCUCCGGUGUCCGAGAUCCUUUAUCGAGUCAGGGCGAUGGAAUGUGGGGUUCAUUCUUCAGGCAUGAGCUUUGCCGCCCAAAAGAUAUAAAGAUAGAGGGCGCGGAGUCGACACCACUGCAGGCAGAGGAAGGAGGAAGGCUAGGGUCCUGGAGAAGAUGAUGGAUUCAAGGAUUCCUUUCCUGCUCUCCCUGUUCCUUACGGCUCAGCUCCAAGGUCCAUCUGGGGCCCAGCCCAUCUCUUGGUCAGAACUAGCAGAUUUCAAGGAUCUUCUGCAACGGAUUGAAAGUAAAGUGGCGUUGGCAGAAAAGGAAGAAACUGAACGAGAUCCGGGUGACGCCAACGAGGAACCGGUGGGUGAUGCCACCCAGCUCCUCUCGUCCUGGGAAGGCGAAUACUCAAGACCCCCAAGCGACGGCACCAACUGGCAACCUCCCGAAAGAGCCCCAGCAGCAGCCGUGCGGAACAAACUGAGGGGCUUCUUCAACGCCCCCCGCAGGAUAAAUGGAGAAUUAUCAUAA